GCUGCACUCUUUCCUCUCUGCUUUUUUAAAAAUAGGCUGGGAUAUCAGGCUGGACAGCUAAGAGACCUGCACGCAUCUUGGGGAUUAAGGAAUGUCUCUGCACUUCCCAGAUCCUUCAUAUCUGUGUGAAUGUGUGUGAGUAAUUGUCUCUGUGUAUGUGUAUGUGUGUGUGUGUGUGUGUCUGUAAAGAGAUAGAUCCCGUAUUAGUAGCUGAAGAGAGGAUCUUGUGUCCAGAUGAGAGAGUGGACAGAGUUGGAGAUGAGCUUUUCAGCAGGGGGGUUUCUCUCCACCUCGGAUGGUUACUGCUCCAGCGAGCAGCUCCAGUACUACGACAUGCUGGCUGACCCUCUGGGCUACCCCCUGCAGGACCCUGACCUCCAGCUGCUCCCUUACAGCCAACAACAGUACGCCUCUGCAAACCUGCCCUUCUCCCUCUACGGCUCGCCGCCCUCCUCCACCUCCUCACCGUCCUCCACUUCUUCCUCGCAGCUCUGCCAUCCCCCGUACCACUACAGCUCUCACUGCCUGGAGGUCCCCUGUGACCCCAGCCCCGAGUCCUACUGUGGGGGCCUGGUUCAGGGGCUCGGAGCAGUCGGGCUGCCUCUGGGGCGGAGGACGCGGGUGGGGUCGGUGGGGAAGUGCAGAGGUCAGGACGAGCUGUGUGUGGUGUGUGGAGAUAAAGCAUCGGGGUAUCACUACAACGCCCUCACCUGUGAGGGAUGCAAAGGUUUCUUCAGGCGUAGUGUCACUAAAAAGGCUGUGUAUCACUGUAAGAGUGGUGGGGCCUGUGAGAUGGACAUGUACAUGAGGAGGAAGUGUCAAGACUGCCGGCUGAGGAAAUGCCGCGCUGUGGGAAUGCUGGCUGAGUGCCUUCUGACCGAGGUGCAGUGUCAGUCCAAGCGACUGAGGAAAGGAGGUAAAGGCCGAGGACAGGAGGAGGAGGAGCUGACAGACAGCAGGAGGGUCAGCUCCACCAGCAGACUACCUGGACAGACUCUGUCCACCAGUUUAACCCAGGAACAGAAGUACAUAGUGGACCGGAUGGUGGAGGCCCAUCGCCUGUACAGAGCUCAGAGCAGCAGCCACAGCAGGUUGUUCGAGUGGCCUUACACAGAAGAAGUGGAGGGUCUGUCUCAUGUGGUGUCACCACACCUGGACAGACUGCUGCAGUUUGCCAGGACAGUACCAGGUUUUGAGCUCCUGGAUUUUUCCGACCAAAGCUCUCUGUUGUCUGUCUCCUCGCUGGAGGUCAUGUUCCUGCUCUCAGCUCAGCAGUUCUCCAAUAACCCAACAAGCCCCAGUCCAGCCCUGCAGGUUUUCAGUACAUCAACACACAACUGGCUGAGAAAUGUAGAAUCGAAGGAAAACCUCCAGAGUAGGACGCUGGUCGAUUCAGGAAGCAGCGAGGAUCUCUUCGGCCCGGUGCCCACCUUCUUCCACAGCAUGAAAACUCUGCGGGUGACGGAGGCGGAGUACAGCCUGCUCACUGCUACAGCUCUGCUCUGCUCAGACCGGGCGUCCCUGCACAUCACCAGCUGUGUUGAGAAAAUGCAGGAGCUGAUCCUGGACCUGCUGUCCAGGGUGUGUGGGGCCCAGGCUGGAGCCACGCGAGGGGGACCACAGCGGUUUGGCCGCCUGCUGGGCAGACUGACGGAGCUCCGCACCCUCCGUCACAAUUACCUCCUGCUGACCAGACAGCAGCCUGGACCCUGACGGAGAGACGACCCCCCCCCACCCCCCCUUCGUCACCUCUGGAGAGUUUCAUGAGUUAAAAGCACUUAGUGCUCACGUCUGAGCUGAGAAAUUGGACAAAAACUGCCUCGGAGGAUGUGAUAUUUUGGAAAAGCUUUCAUCUGAUAUUGAUGACUUCUAUUGAUUUCUCACAUGAUUUCAGUCAAACAGUCAAUAUUGAAUCUUAGCCCAGUGUGGGACUGAAUGUGCUUGUGGACUGCUCUAGUUUUUUGACCAAAGAAAUGUUUAUACGUCUUUUUACAACUGUUUUUAGCCGACAUGUACUUCUCACUUCGCUCAGUGUGGUUAGAAUAAAACUAAAAUGUCAUUUUUACUGAACUUUCCCUAGAAAAACACAAAACUGCAGUUAAAGUAUCACAAAAUGUUUUUAAUUCAGCAUUUAUUUUCCAAAAGGAGGAAAUACCGGUUCAGACAAAAUAUUUGGUGAGCAGGUAAAAUAUGCAGGUAGUACAAGCUUAUAAAGGUGUAUUUGUCCAUUUGACAAAAUGGGGCUCUCAUCAAUAAAUAGACACUUUGGGGGGGGCGGUGAAUGAAUGAUGGCGAUUGACUCAAAUCAUCAACCAAACAUGAAUUAAUCUGUUCAAAUGUUUGCUGUAUGUUUUAUUUUUUAAAACCUCACUCCAUUUGUUUUAAAUAAAAUUUAAUUCUCAACUUUUAA